AUGGGGGGAGCGGGGCGUUCAGAGAAUCCUGGGCUGGCUGAGGGCUCCCCGAGCCCUGGCACGGGCUCAGCUCCACUGACGGCACCUGUGGUGCAAUUGCUGGAGUGGUUUGAGCUCCCCAUGCACAUCGUAAUGGUGCUGGAGCGCCCAGAGCGAUGUGAGGACCUGCAGCGUUUCAUUCGGGCAUGGAGGUUCCUGUCCGAGGAAGAGGCGCGGGAGCUUUUCCGGCAGGUGCUGGAGGCCGUGCGGCACUGCACCAGCUGCGGGGUCCUGCACCGUGACAUCAAACCAGAGAACAUCCAGGUUGAUCUGGACACCGGACAGGCAAAGUUGAUCGACUUCGGCUGUGGCACCUACCUGCAGGACACAGCCUACACUCAAUUUGCAGGUGAGCCCAUCUAGAGGUAGGCUCCUGGUCCCAUCAUCUCCUGGCCCAACAUCUCAUGGCCCACCCAGGGUGUGGCAGCAGGGAUUCUC